GUGUUGUGUGUGACGCGUGUGUGUGGCUGCUCAGGAGCCGAAGCUGCGGGAGCUGCUGGACGUGGGGACUCUGGAGGGGAAGAUGGAGGACCGGACGCUCACUGUGGUCAGCGGUCAGGACAUGGUCACCAUCUCCUACUACAACUUCGUGGCCUUUCAUGAGGAGGUUGCCAAGGAGUGGGCCGAGCAGCUCUUCAGCCUGGCCUCAAACCUGCUGGCGCAGAACAUGUGCAGAGAGUCCUGUCUGGAGAAGAUAUACACCAAACUGACGCUACAGCCGGCGGCCGACGGCGGGAUUUCUGUGAAAAACAUCACUCGCAUGAUCCCUGCCGAUAAACGGCGAGUGGAGAACGCUCUGGAGAUCUGCGGCCUGCCGACACAACGCAGUGAGUCCAUCCCUCAGGACAGGUUUACAGCCGACGUGUUCCGGCAGCUUCUGAACAACAUCUGUCCGCGCAACGACAUCGACACCAUCUUCUCAGAAAUUGGUGCUAAGAUCCGGCCGUACCUCACCGUGGACCAGAUGACAGAUUUCCUCAACAACAAACAGAGAGACCCACGUCUGAACGAGAUCCUGUACCCGCCACUCAAAGCCGAGCAAGUGCAGGGAUUGGUGGAGAAGUACGAGCCGGACACCAUGUUUUCGCAGAGAGGGCAGAUCUCGGUGGAGGGAUUCGCCAGAUAUCUGAGUGGAGAAGAGAACAGUAUCAUCCCUCCAGAGAAGCUGGACAAGAGUGAAGACAUGACGCUGCCGCUCUCACAUUACUUCAUCAACUCCUCACACAACACCUACCUCACAGCGGGUCAGCUGGCGGGAAACUCCUCAGUGGAGAUCUAUCGGCAGGUCCUGCUGUCCGGCUGCCGGUGUGUGGAGCUCGACUGCUGGAAGGGUCGGACUGACGAGGAGCCGCUCAUCACACACGGCUUCACCAUGACCUCCGAGAUCUCCUUCAAGGAGGUGAUUGAGGCCAUAGCGGAGAGUGCCUUCAAGACGUCGCCGUUCCCCGUCAUCCUGUCCUUCGAGAACCACGUGGACUCUCCCAAACAGCAGGCGAAGAUGGCAGAGUAUUGUAGAUCAAUAUUUGGGGAUGCAUUACUGACAGACCAACUGGAGAAAUACCCUCUGGAGGCCGGUGUUCCUCUGCCGAGUCCAGUGGAUCUCAUGGGGAAAAUCCUCAUCAAAAACAAGAAGAAUUCUCACAAAACUGACGGCAGUGGCAAGAAGAAACUGACAGAGCAAACGUCCAGCGCCUGCAGCGACACGUCCAGUGUGUGUGAGCCCUCGUCUCCCAGCGCAGGCUCGACACACACGGAGACAGAGGCUCGUGCAGACGGGACAGAGAGAGGAGACAGGAGAGUCCCGGGAAUCAAGUCCAGCUUAUCACACAACACAGGUGAAGCGGAUGCAGACAGCGACGUGGAGGAUGAGAACGGUUACAGAAAGAAGUCCAUUGAUGAGGGGAUGGCAGUAAAUGAAGCGUUCGCCACAGAGGAGAUGUCCAACUUAGUCAACUACGUUCAGCCUGUUAAAUUCCACUCCUUCGAGGCGUGCAAAAAAACUGAUCGAAGUUACGAAAUGUCGUCGUUUGUGGAAACUAAAGCGCUGGAGCUGCUCAAGGAAUCGCCGGUGGAGUUCGUCGAGUAUAAUAAACUACAGCUGAGCAGAAUUUAUCCCAAAGGAACGCGAGUCGACUCCUCGAACUACAUGCCUCAAGUCUUCUGGAACGCCGGCUGUCAGCUCGUGGCUCUGAACUUCCAGACCAUCGGUAGCUUCCGUUCAGUUCCUUCAGUGUGUGUCUGUGUUUCUG